AUACGACUGACCAGUAGUUUUGGUCACUGAUGCCAUCCAUGUGUUGAGUCACCAUGAUUUUGUCAUGAUAAUUAACCAAAACUUAUGUUUGGACAGUAACAGUCGUGGUGAUUUGAACAGCUAUUGGUAGUUGUAUGAAACCACGUCUGUGACUGGAUACUAUCUUACUUUAACCUGGCUCUUGUUUGAACAUUCGAUCCGCAAUGCCAUUUGUGUCGCGGCUGCGUCAGUGGGUGGCGGACUACACCACUCCUUACCGCACACACGAGAAGGAUCAGCAGAGUGUCGUGUGUGAUUCGCUUAUGACAGAACUUGACUUCCGAAUCAAGGAGCUGGAAGAGUACUACAUGGCGCGUGACCGGGAGGAGAAACAACAAAGCGCAAGCGCUGUCGAUUACAGCUGGCUGGCAUCAACGCCCUCUCCCAAAACAUUUGAAAUUCCUCAGCUGGAAAGAUUAGAACUCGAGGAACUGUGCUACAAAGUCAAGGCCUCUGAGUGCAGCCGAAUCAUCGGCACUUUCCGUGAUGCAUUAGUCGCUGAGCCACCUGUGGACAAACUUCCACGGAUUUUGCGAUCGGCGGUCAUCCAGGUCAUAGAGGAGCGCCCCAAAGAGGAGACGCUGACCGACUGGGUGACCAAAAGGACUGCCAGUUUGACCAGUCUGCGUAUGAGCGUACGGCCAAACCCCAAAGUGACCCCACUGGACGAUGAGCAGUAUGAUGAUAUGGAAAAGCAGGGCACCCAGUUACAAACCAUGGGGCCAAGCAGCCAGACUUUCUUAACAGUUUUUCACGGAAACGAAAACGAAGAAACAUCAAUAGAAAUCUGAAAUUGCAACUAGUGUCAGUGAAAAUUAUAACAUUGCAUGUAUGUAUUGGCUUACAUAUGAAAAGUAUUGUAUAACGCUGUUCCUCAGAAAUGUGAACAAAUGAAAGCCUCAUUUGGAAACAAAUAAAAAUGGCUAUUGAUGGUUCUGAAAUGAUAUGUGAAGGAAUAUUCAUAAUACAGGAUUAACUUGCUUUGCAUUGUUAUCUGCCGUUUUAAUUCAAAAAUGUCAACAUUGCAUGAAAGAGUUUAGAGUAUGGAAAGCAUGUACAUAAUCAGGGGCCAUUUUUACAACGCUUUGUAAAUCAGUUUAUCAAAACUUUUCUCGUAAAUCACAUCGCCUUAUGGACUACAACCUAGGCAAUGUCUUCUACAAAAAAAGUUACGAGAAAUAUGUCUUACGAACAUUUGUGAAAGCAGCCCCUGACUAGCAUACUGAAACAGAAUGCCUGAAGCAGUGUAUGGUUUUGUGAAAAUUGUUUUAUCCAGGGACAAGGUGUGUAUGUAGAUAGAUCAUUAAACAUGCUUCCUGAUGUUAUGCUCACUCGCACAUGACACACACUGCCAUUGCCCAUUUCCAGUUAGAUUCAUUGCUAGCUGACAUACGACUUCAUGUAGUAGGUAGAAAACAUGUCAUGCAGACAACCGGUCUAAAGUCAGCCGAUUUAAGUGCACUUUCUAGAAGUUGAUAUUUGUAUGGUUGAAACUAUCCUAGAGGUACAUGUAUGUGUAUUGUAGCAAUUAACCAGUACUGAUGAGGUCUAAACAUUCUAAAAUGCACUGGAAGACGAAUCUUUGAUUAUGACAUGUUCAAACAAAAUCACUCCAAGAUUAAUUCACCUCCCAAUGUACAACAGAUGAGUAAGUUUAUAAUGGCCGCUUAUCAAAUCAAACUUUCAGCAAAUUCCAACCACUUGAAGGUGGUCAAAUCUACAGUAUUAAGCACAUAUAACUGACCGUCACUAUCAGCUAGGUACCAUCUGUGCACAGGGUAUAUAAAUCCUGAAUUGACUUCAUCAGCACAUGUAGAGAUGGCUCUAUUGUCUGAUGAGUUGCCCGCUGAGUUUGAUGACUGGUGUUUAGUGAAUUGAGUAUGUCAGAUUGUUCAACAAGUUAGAUUGGUCUGUUGUUCAGUGAGUUAGAAUUGGCUCUAGUGUUCACAGAGUUGGAUGACUGUUGUUCAGUGAGUUAGAACUGGCUCUCUUGUACAAUGAGCGAGAUGACUGUUGUCCUGUGAGCUAGAACUGAGUUUAUCAGAUUGUUCAACAAGUUAAGUUGUGCAGUACUGAGUUAGAAUUGGUUCUAGUGUUCAUGGAAUUGGAUGACUAUUGUGGGUCUACAGUAUUAAAGGUAAGGUUGACUCUAUUGUUCAAAGAGUUGGAUGACUGUUGUUCAGUGAGUUUAGCACAGGCUCUAUGUUCAAUGAGUUAGACUGCUCUGCUGUUCACUGAGCUCUUUAUGGUUCCAUAGAUUGCUGAGGAAGAUUGCUCCGCUGUUCAUUAAGCAAUAUCUAUGGUUCCAUAGAUUGCUGAGUUAGAUUGCCCUGCUGUUCACUGAGCUCUUUAUGGUUCCAUAGAUUGCUGAGUUAGAUUGCCCUGCUGUUCACUGAGCUCUUUAUGGUUCCAUAGAUUGCUGAAUUAGAUUGCCCUGUUGUUCACUGAGCUCUUUAUGGUUCCAUAGAUUGCUGAAUUAGAUUGCCUUGCUGUUCACUGAGCUCUUUAUGGUUCCAUAGAUUGCUGAGUUAGAUUGCCCUGCUGUUCACUGAGCUCUUUAUGGUUCCAUAGAUUGCUGAGUUAGAUUGCCCUGCUGUUCACUGAGCUCUUUAUGGUUCCAUAGAUUGCUGAGUCAGAUUGCCCUGCUGUUCACUGAGCUCUUUAUGGUUCCACAGAUUGUUGAGUUAGAUUGCCCUGCUGUUCACUGAGCUCUUUAUGGUUCCAUAGAUUGCUGAGUUAGACUGCUCUGCUGUCCACUUAUAGAGUUAUAGAUAUAUGUCUGUUUAGUUGACAGUUACAUGUGGAAGGCUCUGUCGAUCUAUCUCAAGUAGUGAGUAAUUAAACAAGUAAAAUGAAAAUUUCUGGAUAUACUGAGCUAAAUAGUUCUGUUUGAUGGCCCUAUCAUUCCAUGUUUGGUAAAUAGCCUGUU